GGCUGUUCUAGGGAAAGCACGAUUCGGGACUGAUUCAGGUUCAAGGCGCAAUACUACCAGGAGGCUGGGGUGCCCCUGCAAUGGGUUUCUUUUCCUCGCGAAAAGAGCACUCGGCUCCCAAUUACCCACUAAGCUCCUCUAGCGAGCGUGUCGCGUCGGUGAAGCAGAGAUGGUUCGACUUGUCAAGAUCGUCGAAGCAUUCUCUCAAUGAGCCUGGUCCAUCCAAAUAUCUCGCUUCCUUCUCAGAUGUUACACUUCCACGCUCUUCAUUCCGUACACAACGAAACUCCGAAGAUUCAGUCGCGGGUCCCACUACUGAUCGUACAACUGCUACCCUGGCUCAGCGGUUGAAAGAGUUGGCAAACGCAAAUGCGGAUGGCUUAUUAGGAGAUGACGAGUACCGCCUACUAAAACAAAAUUUGUUCGAGCGUUUUGGUGCAGGCAGCCAACUCCCUGCAGAGUCCCCUGUUGUUCGAGUCUCUGGUGGCAAGAUGAAUACUCCUUCAAGCACUAGUCUGCAAGUUGAUUCAAAUUUUCGCGUCACUUACGCACCAUCAACGCACUCCAACACUUCUCAUACCUCAACCGUAACAUCGGCCAUUAAAGGUGUCAUAACGCGCGUCUCUGGGAGAAGAUCCCAAGACAAGGGCUUAGGCGUAGAUGCAGAUGGUAUCCCGAUCUUAGGGCAGUCUGUAGCCUCAGAGAAGAGGAAAGAACUCUCUCGACAGCCGUCAAAUUUGUCUCUACGGAAUAAUCUUUCCCCUCGCUACCAAGCAGAUGCAUUCUCUCUCUCCUCUCAGAAGACAGGGAAGAGUUCGAGGACAGCCCGUACCUCCGCUUCAAAAGGCCCACCGUCUGCCUAUAAAGCCCGACGCAUCGGCAAGUAUUCAAACGGGCUGGAUGACGACGGUCAUAGCGAUGAAUCUUCCGCCGAACUUCGCGCAGAGAUCACGGCUCUCGAAGAGGAGAUGCGGCAGGUCCUGAAGAGCUUCGAAGGGCUUGAGAUCUCGGCGUCCACGAGACGUGGACCCAGCCUUAGUCCUCACGCUUCUCCUUAUGCACCUGCAUUGAGUAGCCCCAUAAUUCGACCUAGCUCAUUGUGGACAGUGACACCAGAACGUCUUCCGCCCACCAAUCCGCCUCCCGUUCCUCCUCUUCCCCCCCCACCUCCACUACCCUCAACUGGCCCGAGCGUUGCUCAACGGAAAGCAUCACUUGGCGUCACUGAAACAGUCCCUGCCAAAUCCUCAAAGGCUUCGUUUUUUUCCCGGAAAAAAUCAACACCGGUCCUUACCACAGACCAGAAAAUAUCCUCCCCAGAAUCUACGCUAAACGAAUCACCCGUUCCACCACCUCCCCCGUUACCAGGUACCGUUAACCCGGCCGUACCGCGAUCAGACCCGAACUUGGAUAGUAUACGAAGACGGAAAGAGGAGACAAUGCAGCGAUAUAAUGAUCGUCUGGACUAUCUAAGGGCCCGUUUGAAAGGCGCUGAAUUGCGGGAACGACUUAUCAAGUAACUAAAUCGCUUUCAGAGGUAAUUCCGAUACUUGCGGUUGUCUUCUUCCCGCAUUCAUUCAUUCCCGCAUACCUUGUCACUUCCAUGAUACCUGUCAUCUUAACCGCCCUUUGGCCUAACCUUUCUUUAUCCCGUCUUCCGACUUCCGGAUGAUCAUUCUAAUUAGCUUGUCAUGCCUGUAUGAGUCCAGAUAUAGGCUUCAAUACCGUAUGCGUGUACUGUAGCAUAACGGCCAUAAGUUUGGCCGCAUGUCGCACCGGGGUGUUGAAAAUGGGCAUGUUGCAUUUUUAGAUUAUUGGUCUACAUAGGUAAUUAUCUCAACCCACAUACCAGAAUAUUACCAUUCAGCG